GAGAGAGAGAGAGAGAGAGGGAGAGAGAGAGGAUAGAGGCCGGCCCACAGCACUGUACUGCCUGUAGUGUGUCUGCCUUCUGCCCUGUGGCUUCACUGAGCUCAAUUUAUCAAAAGCGACCAGGUUUUAUUAACAGUUCCCACAUCACACCAUUUGUGAAGAGAAGGACUUAAAGACGUACCUGUUGCAUAUAAAGGGCUACUUUGUGCUUGUUUUAUUCAAACUUCAACACCCAUCCCCCCUCUCUUGAAAGAACUGGAUGCUUUAUUUUAAAAGAAGAGAAUUUAAAUUGUGUUUGCUUACUGGAUUCAGGAUUGACAGACUGACACAGGUGUUGGAUGCUUCUGUCUACCGCCAGGUUUCCUCCUCCUAUUCAUGAAGAAGCUUGAUGGGAUUGAGUCCUUCUAAGAUUACCUUCCCAAGGAGUAAACAUUCUCAACUGUGAACAACUACCGCAGAGUGUGUUUUGGAUGGACGACAAAAAAGCUAGAGGUGCCAUAGGUCAAGAAUGUGAGAACAAUAUUGACCAUGAGGGUCUUCAUGUGAGGAUUUACCCAAUGGUCUGAAGUAUUUGUCUAUUUUGUCUUCUGCAUACUUUUCUGAAUUGGCCUGAAGGAUGCCAGCUAAGACGCCUAUCUAUCUCAAGGCAACCAAUAGCAAAAAGGGCAAGAAAUGCAAACUGAGGGAUAUCUUGUCCCCCGAUAUGAUUAGCCCACCACUUGGGGACUUCCGCCACACCGUUCACAUCGGGAAGGGAGGGGAACAGGAUGCGUUUGGAGAUAUGUCAUUUCUGCAAGGGAAGUAUGACCUUUUGCCUGGUCAAGAGGAUCCACGAUCUCUUCAGUUUAUCGGACACAACGAGUUUUCAAGGGCGAACAGCGCCUCAGAUGCCACUUUUUCAGAGACUCCCUCACCAGUGCUUAAAAAUGCCAUUUCACUUCCUGCCAUUGGUGGAUCACAAGCGCUUACUCUCCCCCUCCUUUCCACUGUCACUUUCACUCCAAACACUGAACCCCUUUUAUCUUUUAACCCUCCAGAGAAGCCAAAUAAGAAGGACUUACCAGAGAAAACUAAGCCCUUCUUUUCUGCUGUGAUGUUUCCUCCCAAACCCGAACCCCAGACACCUAGAAAGCAAUCCUCAGUCUCUUUAAUCAAAUCAGUAGAGCCCGAACUAACAGAGAGAAACAAGGCGGUUGAAAAUGGUAAAAUACAUACCGGUGAUAACGGCUAUAAAUGGUCUGCUCCUUGUUACUCCAAUGGUAACGGCAAAGUGAAUAAUUCAACAACUUUGUCAGGACAUUACGUCGACUGGUUUAAAAUCAAAACGGUAGAGGACAAUCUUCUUAAUGACUGUCAGUUUGAAUUUACAAAAGAAAAAAGUGCCUCGGAGAAAUCAAUCUCAAAUAUUACAGGAUCCCUGCUGUCCCUGGAACUUGACCUAGGACCUUCCAUUUUGGAUGAGGUCCUUAACGUUAUGGAUAACAAGUAAUGAUUUCAGAAUUGUAGAAGAUGGGAGAGAAAGGGAAACCUUUUAAACGAUACAAGAAUGGUGUUGAUUGCACACUUGUUUUGUUUUGAUCUGGGACAAGCACUCAUUUCUAGCAAAAUGAGGGGAAUGACAUGACACUCUUUAUAUGCAUUUUUAUUGAUCCAGUAGUUUGUUUUUGUUUGUUUUUGUGUUUUUUUUAGCUUCAGUAGAGUAUGCAUUAAAAAAGCUGUGAUGUAGUUUUUUUUUUACCAUAAAAGUAAACAUGGAUUUUUUUUUUUUUUUU